UGUUCUCCUCUGUAGAGGGUCUGUGGUGAAGGCAGUGAGCUGCUGUAUUAUUAUAGGAGUGAGAGGAGGGAAAUGGGAUUUUUACUCUGGGAUGGAUCCGUUUGACGGCCCCGGACCCCGGCAAGAAAAGCUGGAGUCGGCGGCGACCAGCGCGGGGGAGCCGUGUGUGCCGUGGGCGCGCUUCUCCGACUGGCUGGAGUGUGUGUGCGUCGUCACCUUCGACCUGGAGCUCGGGCAAGCCAUAGAGCUGGUCUAUCCACAUGAUGUGAAACUGACAGAGAAGGAGAAAACAAGCAUUUGCUACUUAUCCUUUCCUGAUUCCUACUCAGGUUGCCUUGGAGACACACAGUUCAGUUUUAGGCUGCGCCAGUCUGUGGGGCGUGUCAGCGGCUCAUGGUUUGGAGAGGAGGACAAAUACAACAGAGAUGCCCCACUAAUAUUGCAAAAGGAGCUGGCACAUUUCUAUGGCUAUGUGUACUUCAGACAAGUAAAAGAUGUCUCGGUCAAAAGGGGCUACUUUCAGAAGUCGCUGGUCCUCGUUUCUAGACUGCCGUAUGUGCAACUGUUCCAGUCACUGCUGCAGAUUAUUGCCCCAGAGUACUUUGAGAAGCUAGAGCCUUGCCUGGAAGCAGUGUGCAAUGAGAUUGACCAGUGGCCCCCGCCUGUGCCAGGACAGACCCUCAACUUACCUGUGAUGGGUAUUGUCAUGCAGGUCAGAAUUCCUUCAAAGGAUGAUAAACCAGGAGGAAGUCCUAUACGGCAGGGACAGAAAGAGAAUCUACUUCCUGCACCCACGGUUCUUCCCACCAUCCAUGAGCUGGAUCUGUUUAAGUGCUUCCAGUCCAUCCUGAUUCACCUGCAGAUGCUCUGGGAGCUGAUGUUGCUAGGAGAGCCACUGGUCGUCAUGGCACCCUCUCCGACCAUGUCCUCAGAGACGGUGCUGGCCUUAGUCAGCUCUAUCAGCCCACUGAAAUACUGCUGUGAUUUUCGGCCUUAUUUUACUAUCCACGAUAGUGAGUUUAAGGAGUACACUACCAGGACUCAAGCACCGCCUAAUGUAAUUCUGGGUGUCACUAACCCCUUCUUCAUCAAGACCUUUCAGUGUUGGCCCCAUAUACUACGUCUUGGGGAGCUGAAGAUGUCUGGAGAUUUGCCAAAGCAGGUCAAGGUUAAGAAGCUGGCCAAGUUGAAAACACUGGACACGAAACCAGGUAUAUACACAGCGUACAAAACUUUUCUACAUAAAGACAAAGCCCUCAUCAAGAGACUCUUAAAGGGAAUUCAGAGGAAAAGACCUUCAGAAGUGCAGAGCGCCAUCUUGAGGCGGCAUCUGUUAGAACUGACCCAGAGCUUCAUCAUUCCACUAGAGCGAUAUCUGGCUAGCCUGAUGCCACUGCAGAGAUCUGUGACUCCUUGGAAGACUCCUCCUCAGAUCCGACCCUUUAGUCAGGAUGAGUUUAUGGCCACUCUGGAUCACGCUGGGCCGCAGCUCACCUCUGUCCUCAAAGGGGAUUGGAUGGGCCUUUACAAGCGAUUCUUUCGGUCCCCUAACUUUGAUGGCUGGUAUCGUCUAAGACACAGGGAAAUGACUCAGAAAGUGGAAUGUCUUCAUUUAGAAGCUAUCUGUGAUGCUGAUCUGCUGAGUUGGACCAAAGACAAGUCAGAGGUGGAGAUUGUUGACCUUGUUUUAAAAUUGCGGGAGAAACUGAUGAGAGCUCGCAAGCAUCAUCUUCCAGUGAAGGAGGAGUUGCAUGAGAAGCUGGAAAACUACAUUCAGACUGUAAUCAGCUCUCUGCCUGAGGAUCUGCAGACAGUACUGCACAAACACUGAUAGAGAUGCACAAACCCACAAACAUGCUGAUCAAAAGGGACCUGAUAUCUAAUAAAGCAACCAAGCUACUUACAAGGAUAAUCAAUCGCAGUUACCAGGAGACUGACUGAAAAAAAAUACAGACACACGACAGUGCUGACAUGAACCAGCACCAGCAAAGCACCUGAAAGUUCACAGGUACCAGUUAUUUGACAUACAGGUAAUACUUGCAAGACGUUGAUUGUCAUUAUACAGUACAUGAAAAGGGAUUUUUGUGGGAUGUUUUCUGUACAGUCGUGUUUGAUCUAAAAAAAAAAAGAUAAUAAUUUUCAGUUGCAGUGAUCAUUAGGUUUUCAUACCUAGUCUGAUCACGGUCUGUGGAAACACUCUGGGGACACAGGAUUUUUUUUUUUUUUCAGGCUGCUUUUGUGAUUUUUGUUUUAUACCUUCUUGAUAAAAUGUCAAAAAGAACAACUCUAUAUUACUCUGUGCACACAGCAAUUAAGUCAUGAGUGAGUUAUGCUGCUUAUGGUACAUUUAACAGAUCUUAUGUUUUCUCAAUUUUACAUGAUUAAUACAUCAAAGGGGAUCAUCAUUGUCAUGCAAAAAAGAGAAUAUUUCUGAAAUGUUAAAUGUAUGUUUCACAAAAAUGGGAAAUAUUAAUAUAGAUAGUUGGCUCUGACAUUUUCCUUGUGCUAUUUGGAUCUACAUUAAUUCUGUUUCACUCAAAGUAAAACAAAGCCCCAAAACUCAAACUCUGAGAAACUUUUCUUUUUUUUUUUUAAGAAAAAACAAUUUACCACAGUGGUAAUUCAAUUCAAUUUCCUUUUAACCGUUUCACCUGAAUUAUCUCCAGUGAUAAAAAAUGUAAGAAUGCUGUUUCUCUAAUACUCUACUAUAAAAUCUAUAUAGCAAAUAAACCCAAUUAACUAAAAUAUUUAAAAGUUUUCAUUUCCAUUGCAUUUGAAGCUUGUGUGUUAUGUUUUAUUAUUUCAUAACCAUCCCUAAACAGUAAAAAAGAUGAUUAAAAAUGUUCUAAAUCACAUUGCAUUAUUACAAAUUAGCUCUUACUUUGCCUCAAUGGCUCUAGUACUUCUGUUUUUCCAGUGCAGUGGGCGGGGCCAAGUUACUGUUUUAUUGGUUUAUAAACUUGUUCAUUGGCUGGUUUGUUGUCUAUUCUGAUAGACAACAAGUCUCAAAAUGCUUUGUAGUCCCAAACUAAGCUUAAUCUCUGUCUGGGAAACUGCCCCUAUAUAGCAUAUGCUAGUAUACCAACAAUAUUAGUAUAAAUACGAAUAAACCAUACAGUAGUUAUUAUAAAACAAUCUUAAUGUGCUGUUUAUGAGUGAAGCUCAGAGUAAUGGUAUAGGAAAAGUAUGUUAGAUUAGGAUAAAAGAGCACAGUUAAUAGAAUAUACAGGUUUGCUUCUCCUUUGUGAGCUUUAGUCACUCACAGUAUGGAUUUGUUAAUUUGUACCAGCAGUAGUUGAUUGGAUAAUGAUCUAUCUAUUGAAUGUUAACUGUAAUAACUGGCGUUCCUCAACACAUGUAAAAUAGUAUAUAUAUAUUUUUAUUUGUUGCUAUUUUGAUGUUUGUGUUUUUGAACAUAUAACCAGUUUGGGGCAGUUUCCCAUUUAGGGAUUAAGCCCAGUCUUGGACUUGACAGAAUUUCCAAUAGAGGUUUUUCAUUGAAAGGAAAAUAUAGUCUAUGGCUAGGUCUAAUCCCUGUCUAGGAAGCUUUCUGAAUUAGGGUUGUUCCUUUAGAGCUGGUGUUUUAAUCUCUCGGUUGAUCACUUUUGAGGACCCCCCUCACAUACCCCUGUACUACGCUAUGAAACCUGUGAGAAAGGGAAGAGUGUUUCUUGUGCACCACAGCACCACAACAUUUGGUCACACGCAGCCAGUCUGCCUUAGAGAGACUGUACUCAGUAUGUAUUGAAACUUCACCAGUUCGAGUGUGGUGGUGACUGGAGCUUGUGAGGACUUUGCAGUUGAUUUUUUUUACCCUUAGUUUGAGCACUGAAGACUGAUGACAAUAUUAAGGAACUCAACAGAUGUCAGAUGAUUAAUAAAGGCGACAUCUGUGCCCAGGGCAAGGCCUUUUCUAGCACAGCAAUUGACCAAUUUACCUCUUAUUGCCAUGAUACAAUCCUCCUAAACAGCAGUAAACCAGUAAUAUAAAAACACACAGUAAAAGACAAAUGCAGUAGUGACUUUGAUACACCUCACAUGACACUUGAAUUUCAGUCUCUGAGCCUCUUUACUAAAGGUGUCAUUUAGUUGGUUUAACAUUAGUGUCCUUUUUCUCAAUUCUUCAACUUUUGUUUUAGCACUUUUUUAUCUUGCAUGUGCCACAGCUUCUUAAACAAAGCAUUGAAAAAGGAUAAUCAUUAUCUAGAUAUUUAAAAAUAGAGCUAUAUAAAUAUAGCCUGCCUUCGACAGAGGUAGCACAAAAAUGCAAGGCGUAUGAGUCAAAUUAGUCAAUUAGGCAUCUCGACUACGUAAAACAGGUUAUAUCUGUGGAUGAGUCUCACAUUAUGAUUUCUAGUUUGUCUGUUUAUCUGUAGUUUAAUUAGUCAUUUUAGUAUAUGAACAUUUAUCCACAUCUGUAUUUUAUGUUCCUGAAAAGAAGGAUCGCACCUUCACAAAUAAGCUACUUGAAUAUUCUGUAAAUAUUGCUUUGUAGGGUUUGAGUGUUGUCUGUCUGCAUAAGUGAAUGCCUUACUUGGAUACCAUGGAAAUCUACAGUUCUGCCAGCAGAGUGUUUAUAGCAGUAGGUAGAUUACCUCUUUGACAAUUCACUUCAAAUUUAAGAUGCACCAUAUAAAGUCAUGCGCAUUUGAACACUUAAAUUAUACGUUUUUUUUUUUUUUUUUUUUUAAGUUAAUAAAUAAUCUACAGGCAACAGGUUUAAUCAUGAUAUUCUCAGUGAAUUUUAGAGCAAAUUUUUAAUUAAUUUGCUAAAUUUAACAUAUUGGAAUAAAAAUAUUUUUUUUUUGUACACGUCACAUUUCCCCAGUAUGUUAAAUUAAGCAAAUGAACAAUUAUUGUGUAUAACAUAAGUGUGUUUUACCUGCAGAGGGUUUGUACUUAUUUUUACUUUAACAAAACAUGUAAUUUCAGUAGGAAUGGCCAAACCUUUAGACAUGACUUUAUCUGCAAACUUCCGUUAGUAUGAUCUGCCAAAUUGAAGCCAACCCUAUAAGACAUUGUUAGACGUGAACUGAGCUGAAUGUAGAAUUCUUAAACCAUCUCGAAUGUAUGUUUUAGUGUCUGAAUCAUGAAGUGCAAAAUGUCAGUAGACUGCUAGUAUAUGGUUAAUCCAAUUUCCCAUAUAUGCAGGGUUCAUACACUUUUAACCUAUUCAUUUCCAUGAUUUAUUUUCAUGACUUUUCCAUGUCUUUAAGGCACAUUUUCAUUGACAUAAAAUAAAAUAUCAGUGCAGACAUGGACAAUAAAACCUAAUAUCAACUAGAACUAUAAUCAAAAAUGAUUACAGUAGGCCUGAAUCUGAAAAUAAUCCUGACACACAAUCUUUAAUAAUAAAAUGUGUGUCGGAUCCUGAGAGCUCCCUUGUGUAGGGCUAAAUGACUGAACUAACUCUGAACUGAUGUAUUUGUUAGCUCAAAAUAGAUUUUCUUCAUUGAUAAACUGAAACACAAAGAUUUGUAGACCAAUUUUCCAAAACUUUCUGGGUAUUUUUAAGGCCUGAAAAUUGCCAUUUUCACAUUCCAUGACUUUUCAAGGUUUUCCAUGACCGUCCAAACCCUGUAUAUAAAAUCUAUUUUUUUUUUGUUUGUUUUUUUACUUUGCAUCAGUUCUUUCAUAUUUAUGUAAGUAUUUAUAUUAUUUAUCUAUUUUUUAAUGUUUACUGUAAGAAUGUCACUCAUGGAAAUUGAGCUCAUGUUUGGAAUUUAUUGUAUGGAUGUUUGAGUGUGCUCAUCAAUAUGUGAUAGAAUAAAAGCUGUUACCGA